AGAAGAUUACUUACGGAGGGAGCCAUUGCGGGUAAAGUAUAAGGUUCGAAGAGCUAGGGUUCAUUGGAACUUUACAUGGAUAUUCAUAGCUAUGGAAACGAAUCACAAGAAAGGAAAAACUAGAAAGGCUUAUCAUCUAAAGAAGCAUAGAAAAUCAGAUAAUAAUAAGAGUUUCGAUCCAAGACCAACGAUCAAAGAAGUGAAUGAUGAGAAGCCGGUUUUGUUCCAAUUGGGGAGCAUUGCUAGUUAUGGGGUCAGUGAUGUUCGUCUCGAGGCAGAUCCAGAGAUCACCACUAGAAGAUCCACAUCUCUUUCCUUGUCUUCAUUGUCUCCAACCUCUUCAGGGGAUAUACUCGAGAUCAAUGCAAAAGAAAGGAAAUCCAGCUUAUCUUUCGAUAGUAGCGUACACAAUAAGGAGCUCUUAAGCCUUUCUUCUAAAUUAUGCGAGUUACAAGGUUCAUCAGACACACCAGGGUCACAAGUGUCUGGUGUAACUCAUGCUUCAGUGGAGCCUUUGCUUAUGUCGCCUUCUGUUCAAAUGAUGGAUAGAGAAGGAUCUGAUCAACCUCAGAGAAACUCGUUACCGACCUUGGAGAAGAAUUUGAGCACACUUUCAAAUGAUUCUCUGUUUAGUCUCAGCAUAGGUGAUAACGCGAUAGCAAGAGAUGAGUUGUUUAGUUACCGUGAUUUCAAGUCUGGAGAGAUCACAAAAUCGGGAGAGCUGUUAUCGUUCUGCCCUGCUAUUCAUGGUCCGGCUGAUUCUUCUGAUCUAGGAAAGAGCUUUGAUAUGGAGGACAAAGCGAGUGGAGAAUGUGAGGAUAAGUCGUCGAACUCAAAUGUAUCAUGGAGGAACAUUGGAGAUUGCAAUAACUCAGACGAAGCUCCGAGCAGCACGCAGUCAUUUUCAUAUCCAAUAACGAAAAAGAAGAAGAAAAAAAAGAAGGCAAUAAAGAAGAAGAUGACACAGCAGCAGCAACAGAAGAAGAGAUGUUCUUGGUUGUGUUGCAAGAACACUGGACCGUGCUUCUCCUGCUGCAGAUGGCCAAGUUGUGAUUACAACUUCUUUUGCUGCAAACGGUUAAAAUGUUGCCCGUGCUCGUGCUUCUCCUGGUGCAGAUGGCCAAGUUGUGAUUACAAUUCUUCUUGUGGCUGGCUCUUCUGCUGCCAUUGGAGCUGUUGGAGUUGCUGUUCCAGCCUACCGGAGUUUUCUUUGUGUUGCUACAGUUCUUCGAAGAAGGUAGUAGAUGAUGAGAUGACUAGAGGGAGUGACGAACAGAGACUGCAAAAAUCAGAGUUAAAAACAUCUCAUAAAUGGUUUUGUUGCUUUCUUUCUUCUUAACUUUAGAUUAGAUUCUUACACAACUCUGUUUUCUUCUUUAGCUAAAGGUAUUAAAAAAAUUAGAUUUUACACAAAUGUAAACGUUUCUUGCCUAUUGAGAGCAGUACCAAAAAAAAAA